AUGACAUGUCUGAGGGUGGCUGACAGAGACGGCUAUUCGCAGAUUGGAAUAACUGAUCCUGAAGGUCAAAAGAAGAUCCUCUGCACCACUGAGCAGAUGCACCUUGAUAAAGUAGAUCUGGACACCAUGACGCCUCUUAAUAAUAUAGACAGCGGGAGUGAAGAUUUUCUUAACUUUUUGAUCAGCUUGAAACAACAGUGCUGUUACUUGACGGAAACCGUUCAGGACAUCAUCAGCAGGUUCCCACGUAGCCCCUCCAAGGUUGUUCUGACAUGUGAUCCCAAGAAAGAGGUUCAAGCCAUUUGCACAGAGCUUGUAACUCAGACAGGAGACCCACAGAAAGAGUUGGUCUGCCUUAAGACCCUGCUCGUCAAGACAAUGCACUUCAGCGUAAUAAUAAACUGUGAGACAGCUCAACAGCAGGAAGGAAGUAGACACAGGGAAGCGGGGUUUCUUCUGGCACAGCUUGGCAACCUCUGCGAGCUGACACGAUGA